GGAGCGAGCCGGGAACCCCGACUUCCGCCCCGCCCCAGGCCCUCCCAGUCCGUGCUCCCGCCCCUUCUCAGGACGCCAGGAGGGGCUCCUGUCUCCCCCCGCCCCUCUCCAUCGCUCCCGACACGCCCCCAAAAGGGGGGUACGAGGCGGUCCCAGGCUGGUAGGGCGGAGCCUGCCGCCUCCAGCCUUGACUGCGGGACUCAACCCGCUCCAGAGCACAGCUGAGCCGAGCCCACCUGACCGUGGCGGCUGACACCCACCCACGCCCUUCUCAAAUGCAGGUGGCAGAGACCCUUCCAUUCCCCAGGGACCUAUCGGGUCCCCUUUCCCCUCUUGAUCAAGGCUGUUGGAUUCUAGGCCCCUUAGAGUAUUGAGUUCCUUCCCUUCAUCCCCUUUUCCUCCCUCUCCUUUCAUAGACCCGGGGUCCAGGCCACCAGUGCCCUCCUUCUUAGGACCCAGGAGUCCCAGAUCUGAGGUCCUUCCUCCCCCAGACUCCAGGAGUUGGGGCCCUCAGCGCGUCCUCCCUCACACCCAGGAGUCUGGGCUCCCAGCCCCCUCCUCCCCCAGGAUCCAGAAGUUAUGGCCCAAGGCCGCUCCCAGCUCUAAGUUCCUCAGGCCCUUUCCCUGCUGCGUUCACAUGCAAGGGACGCCUCCUGACCGCCACUCUGACCCUGCCUCCUGGGGGGGCCCUGCUCUCCCCCCCAGUCCAGGUCCCCAUCCCGGCCUUGGCAAUGACCCUGGCAGCUUCCUCCCAGCGCUCCCAAAUCAUUCGCUCCAAGUUCCGAUCUGGCCAGGCUCUCGGACACUCCCUGCCCGCCUUUCUCCUCCCACCUCCCUCCACAGCCCUCCAGCUUCGGAUCCACAGACGCUAUCAGGACACGACCCUCUCAGGGUCCUCUGCUGCCUCUCCAUUCUCAGAUCCAGAUCCAUGGAUCUCAGCCACAGACCCGGCUCUGGCUCCGGCCCCAGCCUCAUCCUCGAGCCCAGCGCCUUUCCUCUUCAGCCCUGGGGUCCUUCUCCCUGAGCCAAAACACUACCCUUGGCAGUCCCUGAAGAAGGAAUCUCCCAAGAUCUCCCAACAUUGGAGGGAGCCCAAGCCCAAGAGGAACUUGACAUACCACCAGUACAUGCCCCCGGAGCCGAGACAAGGGUCCAGGGCAGACCCCCAGGCUGAAGGGUCGGCCUUGGGUCCCCCUGGACCACCUCCAUGGGAAUGGACAAACUCACAGCAGCCACCUCCUAGGAUGAAGCCCAGUCCCCUCACUCCCUCCCCACCAGGAGUCCCCAGCCCCUCGCCCUCUCCACACAAGUUGGAACUUCAGACUCUCAAACUGGAGGAGCUGACGGUCUCAGAGCUCCGGCAGCAGCUGCGCCUGCGGGGCCUCCCGGUGUCUGGGACCAAGUCGAUGCUCCUGGAGCGCAUGCGCGGCGGCGCCCCGCCCCGCGAGCGGCCGAAGCCGCGGCGCGAGGACUGCCCGGCUGGAGCUCCCUGGCCUCGCUUCAGGCGCAAGGCUUUGGGAGCCGCUGGGAGGCCGGACUCGUUGAAGCCGAGUCCAACAUCUCACUCGCUGUCCCCUCCACGUGCCGCGGAAACCCUUGGGACGGCACCGGCUCCUGCUUCGGCUCCGGCUGCAUCGACGACUCAGGCUCCGGCUCCAGCUCCAGCUCCAGUGCCGAUCCCUUCUUCAGCACCAGCCUCGACAGCCCUGACACUGGAGGAGGAGCUUCAGGAAGCGAUCCGCAGAGCGCAGUUGCUUCCGAACCGGGGCAUCAAUGACAUCCUGGACGAUCAGGUGGAGCCUGAGGACAUGCUGCCCCCCAUGCCCCUGGACUUCCCCGGCUCCUUCGACUUGCUCUCCCCCUCCCCGGACUCUGAAGGCCUCUCAUCUGUCUUCUCUUCCUCGCUCCCAUCCCCCACGAACUCCCCGUCCCCCUCUCCCAGGGGCCCCACCGACUCCUUGGAUUGGCUGGAGGCUCUGAGUGGGGGUCCCCCACUGGGCUGUGGCCCCCCAGCCCCCAGCAUUUUCUCUGCUGACUUAUCUGAUUCCAGUGGCACCAGGCUGUGGGACCUGCUGGAGGAUCCAUGGUGAUGGAUUUUGGGGUUUCCAGGGACUGUGAACUGGUGGGGAUGGAGAGGCCACACAGAUAGACUCCCUGAGGGAGGGGUUGGAACACCCAGCAGAGUCCCCCCCACCACAGACACAAAAUCAGAGACAACUCUCAUCCCCACCUGGCCCCUGCGCUGCUGCUGACGUGCCAACCUCCUGACUUCCGCCUGACCUCCAUAUGAUCCCCUCCAUGGCUGUGUAGUUGGGGGCAAAGAGGUUUCAUUUGCUGCUGACCAGGGCAAAACAAGCUGCUUGCUGCUUCCCUCAGAGACCUCAUGGAUGUUUUUGUUCCCACUUUCAUCCUCCCAUCCCACUGACUAGAUGGGCGCCUGUUGCUGGGGAGUCUGGAAGGUGGUCUAUGCUUUUUGGAUGCAGGAGAGGGACGGGGAAGAGUAGGGAGAGAGAACAGCCUGCCAGGCCCUUGGCUUCUGAUUGGAGAGGAGACAAAUCGGAUGUGUCCUAUCUGAGGUCAGAUUCUCUCGGAAGCAGAGUCUGAGACAAGAUUUGUGUAUCCAUGACUUAGGAAAGCAAUGCUCCCAGGAGAAACCAAUGAAGGCAUAGAUGAAA